AGUCAACCGUAUAACUUUUCGGUUCGCAUAGAAAGGUUACACAAUAGCUAUGGAGUGAAAAAACGUUACUUAAGUGGCAGCAGUAUGUUACUAUAUUUUAUGAAAUUUUCCUCGCUGUGGUCUAGAAUUAGCUAGCGUUGCUUAAAACUUAUCCGUUAUAUAAAAAUUAUAGCCAAGCAUACGCACAAAUGUUUGCCGACAUUUGAGUGGCUAUGCAUGUAUUAGCGAAGUCAACUAGUGGAGUUGUCAAAUCAAACCCGACACUCUGAAAACUUGUCAGCCAUUCGACUUAUCUCGUUCUCAAAUUAAGAUAUUGAUUUUGAUUUCAUAUAGAUUUGAGAAUAUAACGGUAAGAGUUGCGGUUACUAUAAAUAUGCCUGCUAUUGGCAUAGACCUCGGGACUACUUAUUCAUGUGUGGCUGUUGUCAAAAACGGUCAGGUUGAAGUCAUGCAAAACGACAGGGGAAACCGUACGACUCCUUCGUACGUCGCAUUCACUGAAACAGAACAAUUGGUUGGCGACGCUGCAAAAGAUGGAGCCACAAACAAUUUCAAGAACACUGUUUUCCAAGUAAAAAGGCUGAUGGGUCGUCCGUACGAUGAUACAAAUGUGCAGUCAGACAUUGCAACGUUUCCAUUUGAAGUCAUAAAAGGCACUGACGAUAAACCCACUAUAAAGAUAACUCACAAGAAUGCAACAAGAGAGCUUUGCCCUGAAGAAAUAGGAUCGAUGGUACUAAGAUCUUUGCAAGAUACUGCACAAGCGUUCCUAGGUGAAAAAAUUCGAGACGUUGUCAUAACCGUACCGCAUUAUUUCAACGAUGCACAACGUACUGCUACAAUAGAUGCAGCAAAAAUAGCCGACCUAAAUGUACUCCGUUUGAUUAAUGAACCCACUGCUGCAGCAAUAGCCUAUGGAUUGGACAAACCGAAUACCGAUCUCAAAACUAUUCUGAUAUUUGAUCUUGGAGGAGGAACUUUUGACGUGACUAUUGCAAGAGUUAAGGACCGUGUCAUUGAUGUUUUAGCUACUGGCGGGGACACGCAUUUGGGAGGGGAAGAUUUCGACAAUCGCAUGGUUGAGCAUUUUGCAGGGGAAUUUCUGAAAAAGGAAGGAAUUGCAAUUUAUAAGAAUCCAAGAGCUAUGAGUCGAUUGAGGAAAGCUUGCGAGCACUCUAAGCGGAUUCUAUCUAGCGCUACUCAAGAAAACGUCAUUGUUGAUGCUCUUUGUGACGGGAUUGAUUUUAAAGGCGUCAUAACUCGUGCUAAAUUCGACGACUUAAACAGUGACUUGUUUGACCAAACUAUUGACACUGUUGAAAACACAUUAAACGAAGCUGGAUUGAAAGCAGAUGAGAUUGACGAUGUUGUGCUUGUUGGAGGAUCGACUCGUAUAAUAAGAAUACGAGAAUUGCUUGGAGAUCUUUUCGCAGAAAGCAAGAUACAAAAAACAAUCAAUCCAGAUGAAGCCGUGGCAUAUGGUGCGGCUGCAUUUGCAGCAAAUUUAACAAACAACGUAACGAAUGAGAUUGAGCAAUUUACAAUUAGUGACGUUACUCCUUUGUCAAUUAGAGGAGAGUUGCGUGGACGUGAUAUGGACAUUAUAAUAAAACGUAAUACCAAAAUACCAGUUACUAAAUAUACAAGGAGUACCACCACUGAUGACGAUCAAACUGCUGUUCAGUUCAAGAUCUUCGAGGGGGAACGCCCAGCUACAAAGGAUAAUCAUCUUCUCGGGAGUUUUCGUAUUGAUGGAAUACCCCCACAACCAAAGGGUGUGCCAAACUUUGACGAGAAAUAUCACCUUGAUUCAAACGGUAUUCUUACUGUUAGUGCAUAUCAUGCAGAGACGGGACAGCAGAAGGAAAUUACAAUAUCUAAUGAUGCAGGAAGGUUGAAUACAAGCAGGAUAAAUCGCAUGAAAACGGAAGCUGAAAUGUUCAGAAAAGCCGACGAUGAGUACAGGGCUCAAAGUGAGGUUAGAAAUAAACUGGAAGAUUUUGUUUAUACCGCGAAAAAAUCUGCAAAUAGUCGUAACGCGAAGCAAACUAUAUCGGAGAGCAAUAGACAGACCAUCUUAAAGGAAUGCAUUGAAACUGAAAAAUGGCUCGAGUACCACUCAGCAGCAGAGAAACAUGAAAUUGAAUACAGGUACAAGGCACUUAAAGACUUGUGCAAUCAAUUUUCACUACCGUAACGCUUAUUUGAACUUCGAUCACUUGUUUUUUUGAUUAUUACAUGUCAUUUCCAUUUACUUAUAAUUACAUAUUUGUUCUAAAUAUUUUUCGAUUGCUAUAUCCGCGAACUACAUUAUUAAAGGAUAAAGAUAUCGAACUAAGUGGCGGAUCAUCAAAUUAAACCCCCGCAAACAAAAUGAAUUCUCUAAAAAAUAUUGCUUAGUAUGAACUCCAAAAUAUACUACGAGGAAUUUCAACGACUUUAUUAGGUCAAAGACAAACUAGCCGUUUGAAACGCACUAACAUCGGUAUAGAAUGUCUCACAACAUUUGAGUUUUGAAAUCAAACUUGGUUUGUUAUGUAUGCUUCCGGUGUUAUAUCGGGGUUAAACUUCGGCGAUGAUGGAUACUUUCAAUCCGAUUAGCGGAUUUUAUAUCUCAAUAUUUUGGUACUGUUUCGGUAAUAAAUAGAAUGUAUUUACUGCAAAUUAUAAUUUUUAGUUUUACUCAUAUGUACACCCUGUACACCCUCUACAAUUUUUUUUUGCCCAAUUUAUGUAUAUAUAUAUUAAUUUACUUGCCAACGACUAAUUCACAGUGGAUUGUAGAUUUUAACUGGAUUUGACAAUUUUGUUAUUUAAUAUUGUGAAACCGAGUAAGAAAUUUAAAUCAAAGAAAUAUAAUAACUAGUUUAGUAGUGCAUAAUAAUUAUUAAGAUCUUUUCUAGUUAUCAUGCGCUUAUACAUGAAUACUCUCUAAUAAAAGUAUUUUGUUUCGGGAGUCUAUAGAUUAAUCACGACCAAUGCAUUCAUCAAGAUUUGGCUGUAUUUUCUAAUUUAU